CGUCAGAGUUAUACUGUGUGGAAAUCACAGUUCAUAGACAGAUCUCCAAAACUAUUCCGUGCCAGUAAACCAAUCCUGUCUCGUGACGGUUCUGACAACAAGUUAACAUCAGAACGGAAACAGAGAAUAGACGAUGCCUUAGAUUGGCUGAGAAAGGAAUUGCAUGAAAUGAGAGUUCAGGAUCAGGAAUUAGCCAGACAGUUUUUAUCCCUGAAACAGGACAUACAACAACUCAAACUGACCAAAAGUUGUGAGGAACACGAGGAGAUGUUAGAGGACAUUCAAUGUGAACUUCAAGAACUGGACGAUCUUCCUGAUGUUCUUGAUCUUCCAGCGUAUAAAACAGGGGACAAUCCUUUAAAACAUCUUGGAGUGACACGAAUGAACCUUCAUAGCCGUAGAUUUUCUACAUGUUAGCGAAUGGGACUUUGAAUAGUUGAAAAUUUGAAUGUGAACUCGAGGAACAUCCUUGAUUUUCGAGCAUGUGAAAUAACGGACAAUCCUUAAGUUCCUUGAUAAUUCAAUGGGAACUUCAAGAAUGCAUUUAAUAACAAGGUGCUUGUGAUUUUGUGAACCAAGGAAUUUCUCCAUAAAAAAGGGGGAAUAACUCAUGGAGCAUCAGAGAAGUGUUCUUAAUCUAUUGUGAAUGUGAGAUUCAGCUUUUAAUGUGAACAUUUUAUGGGCUUGAGACACCCAGAAAAUUUUAGGACUGGAUGAUGACAGGUGAUGUUCUUGCACAUCCAGUACCUCGCUACAAACAUUAACAGAAGAACUUCAAAAGAAGGUGUUGUUAAUGCAGCAUGGAGUGGUCACCCGUCUUGAACACAUGGAGUCACUGUGCAUGACUGGAAUAAUAAACUCAGUAUCCCAAUCUGGGUUCUUGUAUUCAUGCUUAUAAUUAUGAAAGAAAGAAAGAAUGAAUGAAUGAAUAAAUGAAGGAAUGAGAGAAUGAAUGAAAAGAAUGAAUGAAUAAACAAAUUAAUUACUCACUGAAUUGAUCACAAAAAUGAUUAAUGAACAAAUAAAUGAAUGAACAAAUAAAUGAAUGAAUGAAUGAAUGAAUGAAUGAAUGAAUGAAUGAAUGAAUGAAUGAAUGAAUAUUAUCGUGUUUUAUCAGGAAGAAAAGUUAUUGAUGUAAAAUAAAAUGUAAAAUAAAAUAAAUUAUUUAUCUAAGC